GAGAUUGAGGCGAGGGCUGCGUCAUUCUAGCCCUCGCACGUUUGCUGCAUGUAGUUGACUUCGGAGUUGGCAAUUCUAGAAGUGUAUUAACUCGAGUUAGUGUUCCAGAUCACGUAAAAAUCUCGACGGUUGACUUCUAUUUUUACUACAUAGUGAUAUAAAUUUAUUCAUUAGUGAACGUUGAUGACCUGAACACAUUAAGUUGCUAACUUUCACUGAAUCAUCUAUUAUUGAUAUCAUCAUCAAAUUUACAAUUUUUACAACAUGAAUUUACUAUUUGUAGUAAUUUUCAUAUCAGUGACGUGUCCUGUUAUUCAGGCUACAUCUUACAAAGUAACGGAUCAAGUAUUCUUAGAUAUCAUGAUAGAUGACUAUCCAAUUGGUAGAAUUGUUAUCGGACUCUUCGGAGAAGCUGCUCCCAAGACAGUGAAAAAUUUCUUAACAAUCGCAACAACAGGAAUUAACGGUAGAACUUAUUCAGGAUCGAAAUUUCACCGUAUUAUCAAGAAAUUCAUGAUCCAAGGUGGUGAUAUUGAUAAAGGAAAUGGAUCAGGAUCAAUAAGUAUUUAUGGUAAAUACUUUGAAGAUGAAGAUUCCGGGUAUAAACAUGCGGGACCAGGAUUCGUCAGCAUGGCAAAUGCUGGAAAAAAUACCAACGGUUGCCAGUUCUUCAUCACUACUGUUGCAACUCCAUGGCUUGAUGGAGUUCACACAGUUUUUGGAAAAGUAAUAGAUGGUCAGGAUGUGCUUUUUAGAAUAGAGCAAACUAAAACGGACGUGAAUGAUGCUCCAGUUGUUCCAGUGGUGAUUCUUAAAAGUGGACAAAUUCCUACUCCAGAACCCUUUUAUAUUUCUGAUGAUCCUUAUGACAUCUGGGGCUGGAUCAGAGCAACAGCUAUUCCACUUUCAUUCAGCUUCUCAAUACUUGCAUUCUUUCAUUGGAUGAUGAGACAGUUGGACGCAAAUAGUCUAACAUUAGAAUCUGAUAAACUAAUAAAGCAAGAUUAAAUAUAAA